AUGGCAUCUAUCAAGACCACAAAACUGCUGGACUCGGAGAACUUGAAGGCUGGUUUCUUACCUUUUGGGGAAGAAAGAGUUUUGGCUCCUGAAGAAUCAUUUCGUGAUGCUGAGUAUCCUUUCUACGUUGGAUGGAGGGAAAACAAGAACACCGGGUAUUACAUCAGUGCUGCCACCGUAUUUAUUAUCCUCGGUUGCUUUUCCAUCAUUGUUGGAAUAUACCGUAUAUGGCUUGGUCCGCCAGCGUUGACUUCCUGGAUGGGGCAACAUGUCUUUCUGGCUGGGACCGCGACAAUGGCUCUGUCCAAUAAAGUGACUGGCUUGUCGUCUGGAUAUACAGUGGCAGAAUUUGAUCUGGGCAAACUGCGGCUUCCAACGAGAAAGGGAGGUGAAGAAGAUGCCAUGUUGAAACCCAGUGUAUCAUCUGGUGGACAACAGAGUGACUCGGAAGAAACAAAGAAAGGACGAAUGGGACAAUGA